AUUUAAGAUGCUUAUCUGCUUAUUUAUUAGAAUUAACACACUGCAUCAAUACAGGUACCUGCCGGUCACUAGUCAAAUGUAUAUUUAAUACUGUAGUAGCCAUAGAAUUAGGAAUUUGAAAACUAGAAUGGGCAGGACCCAUCUUAUGAUGGGAUAAAGGUCAGACAUUUUGGUGAGGGAGUUGGUCAGCCAUGGUUUGCCAGUGCUGUGAUAAGAUAGUGUAAAAUAAUGAAUUUGAAGAAUUUAUCUGCACUCUGUUUGCUAGGCAGCCAGUUUCAGAGGAAUGAUUCCAUAGCUUUUUCAAAUUAACUGCCAAGAUGCCAACAUUCCAUUCAAACGAUGCAGUGAGUCAAUAGGCAUUUUUCACGCCCCCAACAGACAACUUCUUCCCACGCCACCCGGUUGUCUGUAGUCUUCCGCGAAAUUCAAACGUUUGAGUUUAUCCAAUCACUGCUCAAUUUGCCAAAGUUUGGCAUUAGUGAUGUGGCUAAUAUCGUUCACGAACAUUCCCAGACGAAGAGAUCUAAACUUCAUAAAGGAUACAAGUUCUUCCACGAAGAAUAUCUUCAACUAUCAAGAUCACAUUAGAAGCGCCCGAGAAGCCUUUCAUCGUAAACGGCUUAUCCUGUUCAGCUGUGAGAGUUUUGUGCAAUCUGAUGGCUCUACUCUUCCAGACUGCACAUUAAACCACAAUGGGGUUGAAGACGUGCCAGCACCAUUGCCUUGCACAGGUAUAUUGCAGUUGUGGCACAGGCCAAGGACUCGGGGGAUUUGACCAGAGCCCACGGAUUAAAUGGUUCUGAGGAAGCCAAGGACAUCAGGGAGGAGUGGUAUAAAAUCCACUCUUUACCAAGCAUUCCCUGGCCCCUUCCUGACAUGACGGUGCUGUCUGCUGACCAUAUCCUGGUUCUGCAUGGACUGGAAGAAAUUACUCUGGUUGACUCUAGAUUUGGUCCAGUGCCCCGCGGGUCAGUGCUGUCAUGUCAGUAUCCCCCAACUGUCACCAGAGAGAUUCUAAAGCAUCCAGAUGCUCCUGCAUUCCCCCAACUCCCGGUAACACCCCAGUGUACGACCUGCUCAAGGCCGAGGGCCAGGCGCACCAACCCAACUUUACUUUCCGCGUGUCCGUGGGAGAGAUCAGCUGCACCGGCCAGGGGCCCAGCAAAAAGGCUGCCAAACACAAGGCAGCAGAGGCUGCCCUGAAGAUGAUGAAACCAGGACUAGGGGGGCCAGUGGUGCUGGGAGAAGGAUUUACUGGGGUGGAAGAGCCUGUGGAUGGGGACAGCUCUCCGUCAGAGAUGAAGACUUCAGGAAGCAGCACGUCUCAGCAGUCAGAAUGCAACCCUGUGGGAGCUCUGCAGGAGCUGGUGGUUCAGAAAGGCUGGCGUCUGCCAGAGUACACCGUGACCCAGGAGUCAGGCCCUGCACACCGCAAGGAGUUCACCAUGACCUGCCGGGUCGAGAGAUUCGUUGAAAUUGGCAGUGGCACAUCGAAGAAGCUAGCCAAGCGGAACGCGGCAGCUAAGAUGUUGUCCAGGAUCCAUGAUGUUCCUGUGGACCUGAGGAGCAGCCACGAGACUGAGGCUGAGGACGACACCUUUAACAUGAACAUGGGCAGCAGGGCGGAGGCAGGGAAGUGUAAAGGUCUGGGCUGUACCUGGGACUCUCUGAGGAACUCUGCUGGGGAGAAGAUGCUACAGCUGAGAAGCCACCCACUGGGCAUGCCUAGCUCGAACUUCUGCUCUCUGCUCCACGACCUUUCAGAGGAGCAGCGCUUCGACGUCAGCUACCUCGACAUAGAGGAGCGCAGUCUGAGCGGUCUGUGCCAGUGUCUGGUAGAGCUAUCCACUCAGCCAAUCACAGUGUGCCACGGCUUCGCACCCAAUCAGGACGCUGCCCGCGCCAGCGCAGCCCACAAUGCACUGCAGUACCUCAAAAUCAUGGCUGGGGGGAAGUGACCGUCUCCCAGACUGACCUCACUCUCCAUGUCAACGACCUUAGACCCUGAUCAUAUGACAUCCACCACGGAGGGUGGAAGCAUCUUCCAACCAAUGGUGGUCAAGGGAAGUGACCAUUGAUUGACCCAGAAUUACCCAUGGGAAUUGGAAUUUGUCCCCCUACAGCCCACACAGAUCCCCGGAGUCCUCCUAUCUGUGGGUUUGUUCAUUCCUUAAUGCCCCUGAAGAUAUGGGAUAGCCCUAGAUAAUUUGUCCCUAUGCCCUGAAGAUAUCCCACACAGCCCUUAAUGCCCUCUUGAUUGGCUACACUGGCCAUUUAUUUGCCUAGAGAUAUAAACUCUGUAGGGAAAGAGAAAUACAUUUUAAAAGAACCCCAAUUUUACUGUAGCCUCUGACCCUUUUUUAGUUGCCUUUUCAUUAGCUAGUACUUUCAUCAACUAAACCCCCCCCCCCCUCCCCCUUCCCCCCCCAUUGUCACUUCACCUGGAUAACGGUUGAAGAAAUGGUCUUGGCCCGAAUGAAGUCUAAUUUUGGACAUUGAAAAGUGGACAUUUACGACAUGAAUACUUUAAAAUUGGAGCCUUGUGUACUUUUAUUGCCAAGACGACAAGACUCACCCCACCUGUUUUACAUGCCUUUUUGUUAGUUGGAUGAUACGGAAGUGUGUAGUAAUUGGCCUUUUAGAAGAGUAUUCUGAUAACGUGUACACUUUUAAUUGUGAUUGCUUAACAUCUGAAGUGCAAAAUGUUAUUUUAUGAGUAUUGGAAUUACAUUUUAAACAUUGGGAAAUUACCAUUGAGUUUGUUAAUUGUCAGACCUCACAUGACAUUGUGAAUAAAAUUGGUAAUUUUAGGAUGUCCGAAGUUUUAAUAGCUGUUGAAGCAAUGUUAUCUUAUGUUUGAGUAGCUGGUUGCUCUCAGAAACCAUGUCAAUGGCCCCUCAUUGAAUUGAAAUUGAUAAUAUUACUAACCUCAACCGUGGUUGUGUUCAUAAUAUCAUGUCUGAAAUGGACCAUCUAAUUAGCCUGGGUGCCAGUCUGUUGUUCAUGGUCUCUUGCCAACUCCUUAUGGAAUUGCCUUGUCAAACAAUGGAGUAUGCAAAAGCACAAACAUCUGGGACCAGGCUAGCAUCUAAUUGAGAUGGAACUGUAUUGCUGCAUUUGAUAAUGUAGUCAGUCAUCUAGGUUGGAUUCUCUUGCACACCGGCUGACUAAUCUCCUCGUCUACCUCUGUUACAUGCUAAAUGUGUAGCCUGAACUCUCUAUCCUCCCAUGUCUACUCCCACCAGUUCAGAUACAGAAAGUCAAGCCUUGAUGUUUUCAUAUGGGAGGUAAAGUAAGAAUAGUUGUGUCGGAAGUAUACUGACCAUAAUAGGCCACAUGGGAGACUGCUGCUACAUCUCAUGAUGAGCAAGCAGUGAGAUCGAAACAGCGCUGAAGUUAGAAGUACCAAUGUUUGAUUUUGUGUAAAGUGUUGUUGCCCAAAUACAAAGUUGAACUGAAAUGUGACCUAUUAUCACUGAAUUUGUUCCUUUUUGAAUAAAAUACUUGAGAUUUCA